AUGGCCUCCCAACAAUCCACCAAGGUUAGCUAUGCCGAUGUUGCGAGUCGGCCAGCUGCUACCAUGCAACCCAGGGUAGCAAGGCCGGAGUUCUCCAACAUCGUAAUAGUGAAGCCAAGCGGGGGCAAAACUUUCGGCAGCACGAAGUCGAAGGUCAUCGGCGACUUCAUCCGGAAAGAGUGGAAGUCAGAAGUUAUUUCCGAAAUAAGAAGAAUGAUCCACAAAUACCAAACCAACAACAACCAGAAGAUUGAAUUAGUAUGGGUUCCAUCGCACGUCUCCAUUCCUGGCAAUGAUCAAGCAGACCGUUGUGCCAAAGAAAGUCUGAGUCUGGAGGAUAUCGAGCCUGUAGAAUACUCCUAUUCGGAGUUCUGCAGUAUCGUAUCUUCUAGGAUCAACCUGAAAUGGUCUGACAUGUUACGGAAUCUCGACACCGCAAGAUACCAGAUUGAUCCGAAGAUACCAAACCAAACCAAACCAAACCAUCCAUGUGUAGCCAUCUGCAAAGUGGCAACCAGACUCCGGACCAACAACGUACUACGAGACCAUCAGUUCAACGCCAUUAAAUGUCGCUGCGGCCACGUUGCCACAAGGUCGCAUAUCCUCAUUCAAUGCACUGAACUGAAACCCGCUCGUCUUCGAGUUUUCCAACAGAUAACAGAUAAUCUAACCAAACCAAACCAAACCAACGACUACCAUUCGACUACCAAUCAACAAGAAAUACCAUGA